GUUCCUAUUCCAUCUACCAGAUUCUUUUUUUCUUUUUUCUUCCCAAAGAAUUAUCAUCGCGUGUUGCUGAUCGGAUGACUUGUGGGGUUCAUGCUAUGCAUGAAAAUGCCCAUAAACAAUAUAUAUGUGUACAGUAAAGAAAAAAAAAUAACAGACUCAAUGAAACCUAUUCAAUGCAUAAGACAUGUUAACUCAUGAAAUCAAGGUGGAUAAUAGUUAAUUCCAAAAAGAUUGUUGAUCGUCAUGUUCAAAUCAACAACGAUUCAGAAUCCAAAAGAAGGUCGCUUAUCCGAAGCAUCAGUGCUUGUUUUUUUUUCUCUUGCAGAACGAUCAGCUGAUGGAAUCUGCGAUCCUGGGAAAAGAUACGGUAGCCUGUCCUAAUCCGGACAAUCCUCCAACACGAUCAUAUAUAAUACGGCAAAGAAAAUCCGCCGCCAAAUAUUCAACCUAAUCAUUCUAUCCCCUCUAUUUUAUUUUUUCGAGGCUUUUCUUUCUUCUGAAUGAGUACAACGCCCAAACGCCCCACUCCUAUUCGCCGGCUUUCUAUGCCCAAGUUGACACGUCGUCUCACGGACGUCGUCAUCCAUGAUAACGAUGAAGUGGAGCCUGUAACACCUACCAGCGUUCCGUCUCGUCCACCCAGUCCACAACAAAUGGACGACGAGUAUCUCGAUCGAUGGAAAGCCUGUGUGGAGAAGGAAGAUUACGAUCAAGACAGUAUUCAAAAAGACAUGGUUCGCCAUACCAUCAACACUCUCUGCCGUGGGGUUCACAACGUGGAUAAACUGACAGCAUAUCAAGCAACCGCGUACUCCAUUCGAGACCGUCUCAUUGAGAAAUGGAAUGUCACACAAGACGCUCUGCAAAAGGCAACUCCCAAACGAUGCUACUACAUGUCGAUGGAAUUUCUUAUUGGUCGCUCACUGGACAAUGCUCUGAUUUCGUUACACGCCGAGAAAGCUUAUCGCGGAAGUGUGGCCGGUCUGGGGUUCCGUUUGGAGGAUCUCCUCGAGCAAGAACAUGAUGCCGCCUUGGGCAACGGCGGUCUAGGUCGACUUGCCGCUUGCUACAUUGACUCGAGCGCUACACUGGCUUACCCUACAUGGGGUUACGGCUUGCGAUAUGAGUACGGUAUUUUUAAGCAGACGAUCAAGGACGGUUUCCAGACUGAAGAACCCGACCAGUGGUUGAAAUUCGAGAACCCUUGGGAAUUCCCGCGCACUGAUAUCUUUUACGAAGUGCAAUUUUACGGUUACGUUGCCACCAAAGUGAACGAUAAGGGCGUGUCUCGCUUAUCGUGGGAGGGCGGCGAGCGUGUUCAAGCCAUGGCCUAUGACGUCCCCAUUCCCGGAUUCGGUACUCAAGGUUGCGGAAACAUCCGAUUAUGGAAGAGCAAGCCCUUGCACCCGUUUGAUUUCGCCGCCUUCAACGAUGGCGAUUAUGACCGGUCGGUUCGCGAAAGAACCAAUGCAGAAAAUUUAACCGCCGUCCUGUAUCCCAAUGACAACCAUCCUGUCGGCAAGGAAUUACGUCUCAAGCAAGAAUAUCUGUUCGUGAGUGCCAGUUUGCAAGACAUCAUUCAUCGCUUUAAACGGGCCAAUUCGCCAUGGAAGGAGUUCCCCAAUCAAGUGGCUAUCCAGUUGAACGAUACUCAUCCUACGCUGGGUAUUCCGGAACUUCAACGACUCCUGGUCGAUGUGGAAGGCCUGGAUUGGGACGAUGCCUGGGAGAUUGUUGAAAAGACUUUUGCCUUCACUAACCAUACGAUCUUGCCGGAAGCCUUGGAGCGUUGGUCCGUCCCCAUGUUGGAGAAGGUGCUGCCACGUCACAUGCAAAUCAUCUACGAUAUAAAUCUCUUCUUCUUGCAAAAGGUGGAGCAAAAGUAUUACGGCGAUCGCGAACUCCUCAAACGUAUCUCGAUCAUCGAAGAAAGUUCUCCGCAGCAAGUCCGUAUGGCCUUUUUAGCCGUGGUGGCUUCCCACACCGUCAAUGGUGUUGCUGCUCUCCAUUCGGAUCUCAUCAAGAAGGACUUGUUCCAUGAUUUCAUCAAAUACUUUGGUCCUGAGAAAUUCAUCAAUAUCACCAAUGGUAUCACGCCUCGUCGAUGGCUGUAUCAAGCCAACCCGCCGUUGCGUCAGCUGAUCACCGAGACGCUCGGUAAUGAAGAAUGGGUCACCCACCUAGACCGUUUGCAAGAACUGAAGAAGCAUGCCGACGAUCCCGAUUUCCAGCAAAAAUGGAUGGAGGUCAAGCGUAAGAACAAGGAACGUCUGGCUCGCUGGAUCCGCAAGAAUCUCAACAUCCACGUAUCCCCCGAUGCGCUGUUCGACAUCCAAGUCAAGCGUAUCCACGAGUACAAGCGGCAAUUCAUGAAUAUUUUGGGCGUCAUUUACCGUUACAGAGAACUGAGAGAAAUGUCCAACAAGGACAAGGACCAUCAAAUUCCGCGCGUGGUGAUUUUUGGUGGCAAGGCCGCUCCCGGUUAUUAUAUUGCCAAAUUGGUGAUCAAACUUAUCACCAGUGCCGCGGCGGUGAUCAACAACGAUCCCAGCAUCAACGACUUGCUCAAAGUGGUGUUCAUCCCCGAUUACAACGUCUCUCUAGCUGAAAUCAUCGUGCCAGCUUCCGACAUUUCGCAACACAUCUCGACGGCAGGUACUGAAGCUUCCGGUACUUCGAAUAUGAAGUUUGUGCUCAACGGUGGUCUUAUCCUCGGCACGGUCGACGGCGCCAACAUCGAAAUUCGGGAUGAAAUUGGCGAAGAGAACAUUUUCUUGUUCGGUACUCUGGCGGACGAAGUGGCCGAUAUCCGACACAAUCAAAAAUACCACGGUUUAUUCAUGGAUCCCAGUUUGCAAACCGUCAUUGACGCCAUCCAAGCCGGUGAUUUUGGUGACCCUUCGAUUUUCAACCCAUUGAUCAAUACCUUGACCUACGGUGGUGACUAUUAUCUUAUCUCUCAAGACUUUGAAGCCUACUUGACCCGACAAAUCGACGUCGAUGACGCUUUCAGUGACACAAGAACUUGGGCCCGCAAAUCCAUCAUGUGCACUGCAGGCAUGGGAUUUUUCUCGUCGGAUCGCGCCGUACGUGAUUAUGCCGAAAAGAUUUGGAAAAUUCAACCCUUUUCUCCCCAAGGAAACACCCAGUGAUAAAAAAAAAAACUAAUUCGUUGACUUGUGUGUGAGCACCACUUUUGUUACAGAAUGGCCAUUGCGAGCCAACCUUUUCUUUUUUCUACGUUUUAUUUCAUUUUUUUUUCUUUGUUCUCUAAUAGUUUUGUUUAUAAAAACCUUCCAAGUCCAAUGCAGGGGAAACAAAUUAAAAAAAGAAAAAAAAAGAAAAC